GCAAAUACAAUCACAGACAGGACAGUUACUUUUAAUCGAGUUUAAAUUUUUGAUUUCUCCAAAAUCCGAAACCCACUUCAUCUUACUAUUAAGAGAGAGUGAGGGAAAAGAGAGCCCAAUUCAUUUCACAAAUUGGGAGAGAGUGAGGAGAGGGAGCAAGGAGAAAGAGGAGAAGGGACGGGGAGAGAAGAGAAAGAGGCGUCGUAUACUUUUUCUUUGCUGCUCACCAAGUCACAAGACUCACAACUCACAAUUAACCGCUGACCCAUGAGAACCCUAAAUUCAAAAUCACUGCUCCUCUUUCCUCUUGUGUUGCUAAGUCUAAAUUUUGAUUUUUAAGAGGAGCUAUUGGCGUAUACUUUUGUUAGCAUUUUCAAAUUGGAGAAGAGAAUGGCAGAAUCUCGUAAGAUGAAGGGCGGUUUUGUAAAGAAAGAUAGAAUCAGUGAGCUGCCUCGGAACUUGCAAGAAAUUAUCCUAUGUUUUCUGCCUAUACGAGAUGCAGUGAGAACCAGUAUCUUGUCAACUAAAUGGAGGCAUUCUUGGACCAUGAUUCCGCGUCUAAGCUUCAACUAUUCGAUGUUUGAUUAUGAAGAUUCUGAUGAAAGGUGGUUUAGUUUUGUUGAACCUCAUGGUCGACAAAUGAAUGCGCUAAAAUUUGUUAGUGCGAUAAAUAAAGUUCUCUUACGCCACAAUGGUCCAAUUCUCAAAUUUUCUAUGGAGACUCCUAGUGAAUGUGAUCCUCUAAUAACUCACGACUACAUUAAUCAGUGGAUCCCGCUUUUCGCAAGAAAGGGUAUCAAGCAACUUGUCUUGUGUGACACUGAGCUUCGAGAAGUUGGGUUGCAUCAGUUUGCUUCUUUAGACCUGACUCAUUUGAGGCUUUUAAGUGUUUGGUUUCCAUAUACACCUGUAAAUGGAAGAUUCACUUGCUUGAAGAAUCUCGAGCUAAUUGAUGCUACUUAUGAUUUUGGACCAAGCAUCUUCCACUGCCCUGUGCUUGAGAAGUUGACCUUGAUAGGUUGCCAAGGAAUCUUUCAUACUAACUUCCUUGCUCCCAAUCUCAAAUGCCUGCUUCAGAUAUGUCGUGAAAUAACUUCAGAUUUUUCUUCAAUUGGGUUAGAAAACCUUACAGAAUUUUCUUUUAUGUUGACGUUUGUACCAGAAAAGCAGACAGAAACAUCCAAUGUGGUCAAGUUUCUCAGUAAUUUACCUAAAAUUGAGAAGUUCUCUGCAGGAUUGUGUUUUAUUAAGUACUUGGCUGCAGGAGGUUCUCCAAAUCGACUUCCUAAACCACUAUCUUACCUAAAGACUCUAAGUAUCUGCAAUAUGGAUUUCACUGAUUCAUAUGAAAUUUCUUGUUUGCUUUGUUUAAUCCGGAGUGCUCCCAACUUGUGCAAACUACAUAUUUUGGCUGACUGUUACCUUUACGGUAAAAAAGAUCUCAAGAAUUGUUGGAUAGACGAUUCGGAAAUAUCUAGUUUUGAUAAUCUUGAAAUUGUCACGUUUAGUGAUUUCCAAGGUCGGAUAGCUGAGUUGGAGCUAGUCAAGUUUCUUCUUGCCCAUUCUCCAUCGCUAAAAACAAUGUCCAUCCACCGUAGUGAGGGCAUGAAAAAAGAUGUAGCAUUAGCAAUGACAGAUGAUAUGUUGGAAUUUCCUAGAUCUUCAUCAAGAGCUAAAAUCAGACGCUUGAUCCGCCGUGUUAGUAUUACCGACUUCGAUGAUGAACUCUGGGCUGAUUAUUAUUUAUAAUUAACUCAGCUUCUGGCCAGAGCUUCUUUGCACCAUGGACCACGAAACAAUGACAUUGAAAAUUUUGUUACAAGUGUAUCUUAUAAGUUUCUAUCCUUAGGGUGUGUUAAUAUCAUGUACUGAGACAUCUGUCCCCAGAAAUAUUACAUGUUUGUAAACUCUUGUAUGCUGAAGUGCUAUCUUUGGCCUAGUUAUAGCUGUGGUACUUUUGUCUAGAAUUCAUCUUAAUAUUUAUAUGUAUUCAAUACUCUUAAAAAAAAUAUCACCGCCCUUGUCUUUUUUCUAAAA